AGGGUGCGCUCAACUUGAACGGCGUAGAAGAGGGAGUAAGCGGAAAGAGCGGUUUCCAAGUUACAAGUUAAAAGAUGUUGAGAAGAAAGCCAACAAAAAUCGAAGUCAAGAUCGAAGACAAAGAAGAACUCGAAGAAGCUCGCCGACGCAACGCUUCUGUAACCACUGUCACCACUACGGCCCCCGCUGGCACCACAUCUCUCCUCCGUCAGCUGGAUCGCGGCGGUGAGGAUCCCGCUUCCAAGGCGCAUCGCAUCGGUCUCUCCUCGUAAAACCCUAGCCUCAGUCUCCCACCUUUCUUCCCCAAUGGAGGUCGAAGUGAAGCUGCGCCUCGCAGACGCCAACGCCCACCGCCGUGUCACCAGCCUGCUCUCCCCCUUCCACGUCGUCACCCACCGCCAGCAAAACCUUUUCUUCGACGGCGCUGCGUCCGAGCUCUCCGAGCGCCGCGCUGUGCUGCGCCUCCGCUUCUACGGUGACGACGAGCGGUGCGUCGUUUCGCUGAAGGCGCGGGCGGUGCUGGUGGACGGUGUCAGUCGCGUGGAGGAGGACGAGGAGGAUCUGGACCCGAGGAUCGGGCGCGAAUGCGUUGCAGAGCCUGGGAAGUUGGGAUCGGUGGAGUCUAGGGUUUUGCGGAGGGUGAAGGAGGAGUUUGGAACUGAAAAGGGGUUUGUAGGGUUAGGAGGGUUUGGGAACGUGAGGAAUGUGUAUGAUUGGAAGGGAUUGAAAUUGGAAGUGGAUGAAACUAAGUUUGGCUCUGGAAUUCUCUAUGAGAUCGAAUGUGAGAGUGCUGAUCCUGAAGGAGCUAAGCGGCUCCUUGAGGAGUUCUUGAAGGAGAAUAAAAUUGAUUAUUCUUACUCCACCGCCUCCAAAUUUGCAAUCUUUCGAUCUGGAAAACUGCCUUAGUCAGAAAUUUGUCUGACGCUUUGCCUCAGUGUCCUGGUCAGAAUAGAUAAGGGCAAGAGGGAGGCAACAGAGGAACUAAUGUUGCUGAUUAAUGUCGGAGAACUGAAUGGAAGAAGAAUGUAACAGGAUUCGAGGUUUUUCUGAGCCUAUGAGAAACUGUUUUGCUCAAACUAUGCUUAUCUACUAAUCUGGGUUAUGAUCAGUACGAAUAAUGUGUGGCAGAGAAGUGUUUGUAAUGUGUUUGUUUGGUAAUCCUUUCUUGACUUUGUGUAUAAUGUGUUUAUGGUUCACUCUUGUACCAUCUUAUGAUAUAUCCGAUAGCAAAAGAAGUAUGUUCUGCAAGACUUUUUUUUUGGAAGUGAUUUUUCAUGAAUAAAA